AUGACAUGGGAUGCCGGCAAACAGCUUUUGGAAACGCUGGCAUCAGCAGCAGCCAAAGGACACCAUGAGCAAGUCUUAGAGGAAUCGACAGCAGCUUGUAACCAAUUAGUCCAGCUUUAUAUGGGCUUCCUUGAUUUGCGUUCCAAAACACGAGCGAUCCGAGGCGAGUUUGACACAGCACUUGACGACGCAGCUACAAUGCAGCAAUUGGCUCCAGCAUCAGCCUUGGGUUAUUUGCGUGGUGGAUACAUUUAUGAUAUGCGUGGAUUAAGGCGAGAAGCGAUACGCGUGUAUGACGAAGGGUUGAGCCAUGUCGCUAUUGACGAUCCAGCAUACCAACUUGUUGUCAACGCCAAAUCAUCAUCAGAGGAAGCUCUCAAUCGUCGCUUUGAUUUUAUGGAUCAACUACCACCAGACAUCCUCAUGAAUAUUGUACCGCGUUUUGUGGGCAACGAUGCAUUGUCAAGUGAUAAACAGUAUCCCUACUUGAACGUAUCCAAGAGAUGGCAUCAUGUUAUUCCCCCGAUCGCCAACUUCCAUUUUAUUAUCAAGCAGCCUAAGACCUUGGAUCAGGGACAUGAUCACCUCGUUUCAGUAUCGAGGCAUGUGAAGACAUUAACACUCCAAGGCUGCCCAAAGACCAUCAAUCGAUUUUUUCAACGAGCAUCCUUUGAAGCAUUGACCCAAUUGACAAUCAAAGCCAAUGAGGAUUCCUUCUUGUUACUGUUGCGUGUACUUGGCAAAAACCUGACGCAUUUGACCAUAUCCAACCUGGCAUUGAAGGAUAACUCAAGUAUCAAAUUACAAUGGGUUUUACUGGAUUGCAAUUGCCCCAACUUGAAGUCACUCGACAUUUCCGACGUCAACACUGUAAUCGAUUCAUUGCACCUUCAUCCCAAACUGGAAGAGCUCUCGAUGAACAAGAUUGGACAAAGUAUAAGAAAAGAGGCUGUUCACGAGCUUUUGUCAUGUUUCCCUUCCUUGAAAGCGCUAGUGGUGGACACAUCAGUGGAUCCGAGCAUCCUCACCAUGGUACAGGAAAGGUGCCCAUCAUUGUACAAGUUAUGGUUUGGGUUCUUACAGGCAACAUCUGUUACGUAUCAAGGAAGCGGAGGAAUAUACGACCUCAUUCUUAAUUUGGAUCGAAGUAAUGGCGCAAAGUAUACAGAAACGGUGGGAUUAUUAGCGAGACAUUGCCAGACAUUGAUGGGAUGCCGAUUACUCCUUGAGAGUGUUACAGAGAAUCAUGGACAAUGCGAUGUCGAUUUUCCUUCUGAUGUUCAAUUCAACCGGCUGGACACCUUACAUAUUGCAUCUUGGGGGACCGGGAUCUAUGAACAAUGGGACACUCGCCUAUUUGAGUGGAUUAUUCAACGUUCUCCUAAUAUUCGGCACAUCUAUGUUUCCGGUACAGCAGCUAUUCAAGAACAAAUCAUACGACCCAUUUGCAAUUUUACCUCCUUGAGACGUGCGGUAUUUCAUAUACGCAACGAUGAUGCUGCUCCCCUUAUACUACAAUUUCUUCAACAUCAUCACUCGCUUGGCAUCCAAUCGACCAUCCAUGAAUUGGGUUUCACCAUAUUCCAGCUCACAUCCAGCACGCGUAAGUUGUUGGGAGUGGUGACUCAGCUUUCACAAUUGCAAGUAUUGAGAAUUGAGGUAUAUGGGACACUCCAAGGAACCAACAUGCCAUUAUUCAUUCAGAAGCUUGGUCGUGGUUGCCCCAAUCUGAAAGUGAUAAAUUUGGCCUGUUACCACGGCUAUCAAGAAGGCAUUUUGAGUCAGCUCCAUCUUAUAAAAUCGUUGAAGACACUUGUAUUGUUCAAAAAGCCACUAUCCGAUGAUGAUGCAGUUGCCUUGACCAAGUGCCAACAAUUGGAUAGGUUAUCUGUGUAUGGAUGUGCCACUUCACCGAGUGUUGUUAAGUUCCUAGCAUCUCAUAUCCCUCAUUUAACAUUCAAGGAGCCUAGGCAUAUUGCUUUUACCUUAUAA